CUUUUACACAAUAUCAUUAGUCAUAUUUUUUAUACUAUUAUAAUAUAAUAUAAUCGAUGGACGAUGAUAAUAGGUACUUAUGUAUUGAUAAUGCCAUAAAAUCAAACAUGUAUCAAACGACUUUUAUAUGGUAGGCACUGUUUGUGUUUUUAAUUUAACUUAUACAAUAUAGAUAACAACAUAUUUUGUGCUUUGCUGCAAAUUCUACGCUGCUUCAACUUUGAUUUAUCUACAGUGGACAGUGGUCUAUUGUUGUUUUGUACCUAACCAUACAUCUGUAUAUGACAUCAUGACCGGCGUCAUCUAUGAUGAUAACUUUACCACGCACAAAUGUUUAUGGGACGAAAACUACUCAGAGAAUCCCCAGCGAUAUACAUCUGUACUAGACCGAUGUAAUUCAUUGGGAUUGAUCGAUCGGUGUAUCAAAAUAUCAUCACGCCAAGCCACCAAAGAAGAAUUAGUGUCUAAACAUACAGCUGAACAUAUUGAUUUAUUAAAAAGUACAGAGCACUACAAUGAAGAAAAAUUGGAAAAAUUUUCCUCAAGAUAUGACUCAAUAUAUGUACAUAACUCAACUUACAGACAAUCUCUGCUCGCAGCAGGUAGUUCAAUUGAAUUAGUCAAAGCAGUCGUCGAUGGCCGAGUACAAAAUGGAAUGGCCUUUGUUCGACCUCCUGGACACCAUGCCAUGGAAUCUGAAUACAGUGGUUAUUGUUUUAUAAAUAAUGUUGCAAUAGCUACUCAAUAUUUAUUGGAUAAAACGGCUACCCAAAAAAUUCUUAUUGUCGACUGGGAUAUUCACCAUGGUCAGGCAACUCAACAGAUGUUUUAUGAAGACUCAAGAGUGUUAUAUUUUUCUAUUCAUCGUUAUGAACAUGGACAAUUUUGGCCAAAUUUAAGAGAAAGUGAUUUUGAUCAUGUAGGCAAUGGUAGUGGUACUGGUUUCAAUGUGAAUGUUCCACUAAAUGACACUGGAAUGAAAAAUGAAGAUUAUAUGGCUAUAAUUCAUUACUUAUUAAUUCCUUUAGCAACUGAGUUUUCUCCAGAUCUCAUAAUUGUUUCAAGUGGAUAUGAUUCAGCUAUUGGAGAUCCUAAAGGUGAAAUGAUGGUUACUCCAGCAUGUUAUGCUCAUAUUACAAAAAAAUUGAUGAGCCUUUGCUGUGGUAAAGUAAUUGCCAUACUUGAGGGGGGGUACUACUUGAAGAGUUUAGCUGAAAGUGCAGCAUUGACAUUAAGAGCAUUGCUGGGAGAUCCAUGUCCAGUCAUUGAGUCAUUACAGCAACCAUGUAAAAGUGUAAUGGAAUCCAUUGGCAACGUGAUUUAUGCUCAUAGACAUUAUUGGGAUUGCUUCAAGUAUAAUGUUUUUUACAAAGAAAAUCUACCAGAAAUUCAUUACAAUUUCUUUGAUGAAAAGCCAGGAAUAUAUCAAACAAGAAAUAUGUAUCCAAAAAUUGAUACUGCAAAUUUUGAUAUAAUACUAAACAAUAUUAUAACAGAGACCAAUCUAUUCAAUCCAAAAAUUAGAGUUGGUUUAAUAUCCAAUGUGAAUGAGCAUUCAAACAGCAAUUUUAAAAAUAAUGACAUCUAUCAAUAUUUAAAAUCAAAAAUUGGAAAUUUACACGUUUUAAUGGAACGUCAAUCGACAAUUGAAGAAUUUAAUAUAGUUAAUUCACUUGAGUGCAUCAAAGAAAUAUUAAACAAACCGAAGUAUAUUGAUGAAGAAAAGUGUACCAAAAUCAAUAAUGAAUGCAUUGAAAAUAAUCCUGUAUUUAAUAAAUAUUAUUUUUCUGUUGGACCACUACUGCAGAUAAUUGAUUCAAUUUUUGAAAAUGAAAUUAAAUCUGGGAUAUUUGUGUCGUCAAUUUCAAAUAUAGGUAAAAAUGAAGACUCGUGCACUUUAAAUGCUUCCAUAAUCGGUGCCAACUAUGCCAUCAAAAAAUAUUUCUUAAAAAGAAUAUUAAUAAUUGAACCCAAUGAAAAUGUUACACAAAUCUACUCUAAUGACCAAAUAUUAGUUAUUUCGAUGGAUACUUUAUUAAAUGGCUCAAAAACUAAUAGUGGAAACAAUCACAUCAAUAUUUCAUGGUCAAAAAAAAUAUUGAAUGAAGCAGAAUUUACUACAAUGAUGCUACAUUUGAUUUUACCAAUCGCUUAUGAAUAUAAUCCUGAAUUGAUAAUUAUAUCCUCAAAGCUCUACUCUAAUAUUAAUAACAUAAACGGUAUACAAAUGACUCCUAUUAUGUAUGGACAUCUUAUUCAAUGGUUAAGUACUUUGGCUAAUGGAAGACUCAUUGUAUAUGAACAAGAUGCACGCGAUGAUUCAAUGUAUAGAAAAAAAUGUUUAUUACAGUGCUCUAAAGCUUUACUUGGUAAACCAAUAUCAAAAUUAAGCCUGAAAAAUCUGUUAAAUUUUGAAACCAAAGAUAUCCUACUCAACAAUAUAAAAACUCAUAGAAAUAGUUGGAAAUCUUUGCAAUUUUAAAUAAAGAUAAUAAUUAAAGACCCGAUUGUCGUGUGAUUGCAUUUGUGUAUGGCGUGUUCUGUAUCCUAUAGAAACAAGUUACAAAUCCAAAUCAAGAGAUGUAGAUUAAUUUAAAGAAAAAUUUAUUUUUUACCAAAUUGCACGUUUUAGGUUCUUCUUUUUAUAAAAAUCUACUAACGAGUACUUUUGUACUCCAUCAUCUAUUAUUAACAGAUAUUAUUUUGUAAUUUAUGUUACUUCAUUUUACAGAAAAAAACUUAAUGUACAUGAUAAUAUAUUUUAAUCAAAUAUUGUAAAACAGAUUAAAUAUAUAUUUUUAUACAAAAC